AUUAAUUUAAGAAAGUGUCAUUAUUACAAUGUCUUGACCUUUGCCUGCUGACCAUAAAAACAAAAGUAAUAUUUUAAAUUUAUUUGUUUAUUUCUUUUCGUUUUCAUAACCUUAGUUGCUUAGUAAUGUCUGUUUAUUAUAUACUUACACGUCACAUGAGAUUUAAACAAUUGAAGAACAGAAAAUUUUAUUUUCAUUCAUUUCAUUAAAUUCCUCUAUUUAUGGAAUCAAUUAAUUUUCUGCUUAUCGUUCGGCAAAACUUCACCAGGUCCCUAUAUUUAUGGAUCUAUAAUUGAAAGUAGUAAAAUAUUUUUUUUUUAUAAAUCAACUCGUUUUUCUCUCGAAUUGAAAAUGAAUUUACACGAAGAUAUUGAAAAAUUAACAUUGAUGCCAUCGUGUAGUGAUGAUAAUGGAGCUCAAUUUGUGCGUGUUAAUGGUCCAGGUCGUGCGGAUCAAGAUCGUCAGAUGAACAAGAAGCGACCUGUUCCUGUACGUUAUCGAAAUGGAAGUAGAAGACAAUUUCCAAGUGAUGAUGAGGACGACAAGGACAAUGAUAAUUAUGAUGAUGAUGAUGGUGAUGAUGAUAAUGAUAGUAAAAAGCCGGACAUAAGCAGAAUAAGUUUGAGUGUACGGACAAUGAAUGUUCGUGGAAAUAGAGACAUAGAAAAAUAUUUUCAACAGAGGCAACAAUUACAAGAAGAGGAAACGAAAGCAGCAGAAAAAAAGCAAUUUUCUCAGGCAGAAUCGCAAGGAAAUGACAAUUCUACAAUGUCAAGAUUGUGGAAAAACGGUGUUAUUCGAGGUCUGGUCAAUCAGAAGAUAAUAUCAAAGUCAGAUCUUGUCAAUAAUACGAAUGAUGAGAGAGAAAUUCCAAAGGAAAAAAAUUCUAAUCUCGUUGAAGAUCCAAACGAUCAGGAUUUAUUGCUACAUCCACUAUUGGCUUAUGGAAAAUUGACGUACGACGAAGAAUUUAUUUUACCUCGCGUUGGAAAGAAAACGACAGUAACACCACGUGAUCAUCUUAAAAGUAUGGUUGAUGAGGACUUUGAAUUUGUAAAGAAAACUAAGUAAAUUUGUUAUCAAGAAGUUGAAAAGGUAAUUUUACAAUAUUAAAAUUAUAUAUUGUACAUUUUAUACAUUUUAUAAUUUAUAAUUAAGUUAGCCAUUAAGGAGGAAUCUAAUAAGUAAAAAAAAAUAUUAGUCCAAGUCAUUAUUUUCGUUUUUUCUAUAUGAAAAAGUCAGAAAUUAAAUUCGUUUUACUGGAAGCGUAAAUAAUUUAAAAGCAAAAAUUUGCAUUUGUUUAAAAUACAGAAAGUUAAAUUCUUUAAACUCCCACUAAAUGGAAUUUAAAAUUUAUUACUAUUUAAAAUUAAUUCAACUUUUUCACGUAUAAAAUAUACGAAUUUAUUGACAGUUUAACUUUUCUUCCGAUUCUUUGUCGGAUGUUUCCUCAAAUAAGUUUUAUAUACAGUUUUCCUAAAAAUAAAGGAACAGAAAUUGUAAAAAAAUAAAAAAAUAAAACCUGGAAAAAAAUUAUCCAAACCACACGCAGGAAUCUUUGAAUUCCUUUCAAUAGACGAAUAAAAUAAAAUUGAAGGAAACUAAUUAAUUAUUGUAACGAGAGAAAUUUUUUUUCUUGUGUAAAAUUUUCGUAUAAAGGAGAGUAAAACACGAAAAAUAUAUGUAUCGAAUAAUAUAAUGUAGAAAAAUUGAACAAAAUCAACAAUCAAUUUAAAAAAAAAAAUGAAAGAGUUCUACA